ACCAGGCUCACUAUAUAAAACCAACCCACCUCAGUCCUCAAAACCCUAGCCAGCGCCGGCGCCGCAGACUCCUCCCCUUCGCUCCGUUCCCUUGCGCCGCCGUCGCCGUCCACGCGCCGCCGCCCCUGCCGAGAUGGCCCCGAAGAAGGACAAGGCCCCGCCGCCGUCGUCGAAGCCCGCCAAGUCCGGCGGUGGCAAGCAGAAGAAGAAGAAGUGGAGCAAGGGUAAGCAAAAGGAGAAGGUGAACAACGCUGUGCUGUUCGACCAGGCCACCUACGACAAGCUGCUCUCUGAGGUGCCCAAGUACAAGCAGAUCACCCCCUCCGUCCUCUCCGAGCGCUUGAGGAUCAAUGGCUCCCUUGCUCGGAGGGCCAUCAAGGACCUGAUGGCGCGUGGCCUCAUCCGGAUGGUCGCUGUCCACUCAAGCCAGCAGAUCUACACCAGGGCAACCAAUACCUAAGGAUGGGGAAGAGCCUGUAUCUGCCCUCUCUGUAGUAGGAGCUCGUCAUCUUUAGAGCAGUUGUCAUCUUUGUCAAGAGUUUGCUAAUAUUAUGUUACCUGUGACCUGUGGCUGAAACAUUUCAGAGAUUUUGAGUACUAGUUGUGUACUAUGGUUUGCCUUAUAAAUUACCUGGCCUCAAUAUCUUUUUGUUCGAAGGAUCAUUGGUAUUUUACCAUGAAAUCAUUUUGUUGGCAGCUUCUGUCUAAA